GGCAAAACAUUUUACCCCACCUCGACCUUUAAUUCUCCAGCUGCAAACAUGCUGGCCACGCAGACCUCUCGUCGGUGCGCGACCUCGCGGUCCAGCCGCGUCGUCCCCUUCGCCGCUCAGGCUCCUCGUCGGUGUGUGCGACUGGCUGCUGCUCGCAAUGGUCAGGCUGAGCAGGCGUCGGCGGUGGAGUCGCUGGGCAAGCUCUCCAUGCCCGCGCUGGCUUCGUUCGUGAGCUUCCUGGCCAUGGACGCUCCUGCGAUGGCUCUGGAGGCGACCAACCCGUUCGAGGGUGUCCAGUCCAACAGCCUGUAUGUGACUCUGGCGCUCUUUCUGAUGAGUGUGCCUGGCAUCUGGUCGACCGUCAAGCGCGCACCUCAGGCCGCCAAGAAGCGCUUGACUUUUGAGGUGCCCGGCCCUGCGGUCGAGGGCGCGAUGUCCCUGGACGACCGGGCUCGCCAGAUUUUCCGCUACUUCAAGCGGUAUAACUAUGACGUGAAGGAGACGGGCGAGGUGAUUGUGUUCGAGGGCAUCUACGCCGCGGACAAGGGGCAAGCGGCCGCUAUCACCUUCUACACCUUCGUAGGUAUGGCCAGCGUGGCUCUGGUCCUGUCCAUCCUGGUGCCCCAGGUGGGCAACUGGUGGUACGGGCUGACGGCGCUGUCGCCCGCCGCAUACGCCUACUACAUGCAGCGCGGCACGCGGCCAGAGCAGUUCCGUGUCAAGAUGGUGACGGCCACGGAUGACCAGACCACGGACAUCAUCGUGGAGGGAGACAAGGAGGAGAUCGAGCGCUUCUGGAAGGAGCUGGGCCUGGUGGAGAAGGGCAAGGUGUACGUGAAGGGCAUGCUGGAGGCGUGAGCGAGGCAGCCGCGAGGCAGCCGCGAGGCAGGAGCCCGUGCGAGCGGGCUUGUUUCGGGACAGAUUCGGUACUUUUCAUGGGUUGCUCGUCGGCUCGUAACUGCGUAAGACCUGGACAGAGGGCACGGACCUGGUCAUAGGUAGAUGGAGGGGCUGUGAUCGUGUGGCUUUAUGAAACCAUGCCGGUGCACAGGGCCGCUCAAAUGGACGAAGAGCAUACGAAGUGUGUUGUCAUUGUGCGGGGUGCAGGUGGUGGUGAGGGGUGGAGAGAGCGUGAGAGAUGCCGUUCGUUUUUAAACCUGAGCGCGCAUAUUGAGAGACGUUUGAUAGUGCAACAAUGAUUGGACCAAGAGUAUGAUCGUGCGGCUGCGCGAGACCCGUGCGAAGCCCGGCGAACGGACGCUGGGGCCAACGUGGAGCGUGUGUUUUCAACGCCACGCAUGGAUGCGCGCCCACCAAGAGCGCGGGCUAGCGGCCACGAUGUUGUAAGCAUAUAGCAUC